AUGGCGAUCGAAGUCGUCCCCUUGACCGAGGCCGAUAUCCCUGGUGCCAUCCAAGUGAUUCAAAGAGCUUUCGAAGAUGAUCCAUACUACAAAUGGGUAUUUGAUGCGUCCACGUCGAUGAUUCACAAUCGUCCCCUUCCCCUGUCCUUGGAGUCUCCUGCUGGAUGGCUCCACAGCCAGCUACCCAGCCUGAGAGUUGGUACUCCUGGUAUCAAGGGUGGGUCCUUUCGUUCAAUCAAUUCCUCACUAAUAUACGAUAUCUUGGACAUGGGGGGUCUGCGCACGAACCGCUAUUGGAUCUGGAAAGAGAAUCAGCAGAAGGCUCAGGCGCAAAUUUGGGAUGACCCGCGUGGAUACUAUUUUUGCAAUAUUGUUGCUGUUAGUCCCGAGGCGCAAGGGAAGGGAAUUGGGAAACUUCUCUUCGAAACGGUUAUAAAGCGGGCUGAUCAGGAGGGUAUCAAAUGCUAUUUGGAAAGCUCGAAGAAUGUGCCUAAUGUGCAGAUCUAUGAGGGUAUGGGAUUUGAGAUGAGUCGGGAGAUGGAAUGUCGCGACGGAUCCGAUGCUUGCAUGCGCUAUGACCCCUAUGAUUACAGAAACACAUACAUCAAUGCAUGA